AUGAAAUCCGCCAACAUUGUAAUUGAGGAGACACUCCAAAGAGUAACGAAAUACUAUAAAUUUAACAAUGAUGCUGUAUGGGUUGAGUUGACUGAGGCUUUCGGUAAGGGUGUUUCUGGAGCAGCAAGUUUGAGUUCUCGUCGCUUGGACAGUUUCUUUGCGAUUUUCUAUUGCAGAUCUUCGCGAUUCAUUGAUGUGAGCAUGUUUGAUCAACCGCAGCUUACCACCAAGCUCAAAUUCUCAGUAUGA